AUGCGCGACUUUUAUAAAGCUCCACAAUUCACUCAAUACUCUCGAAUUUUGUUUGGUGAUGAGCGAAUCCAUGAGAAUAUUCUUGUUAACGAGCCAAUCACUGGUCCUCCAUGCGGUACUGUAACGACGAUGUGGGAGAAUUUAAAGAGAACAACCGCCAUUCAUCCAGACGCUGAUUUCCUCGGCGAAAUCGGAAACGAUGGGAGAUAUCAUUUUAAAACUUAUAAAGAGGUGAUGGAGAUCGCAGAAACGAUUGGAUCGGCCGUUUACAAUUUGGGGAUUCAAACUGGGACGAGAGUCGGUCUUGCCGGGAUCCACUCAGUCAACUAUGAGGAAGCGAUGUGGGGAUUGAUCUCACAGGGAAUCGCUCUUGUUCCCCUCUAUCACAACUCAAAAGAUGAUGCAAUUUGCGAAAUCGUUGCCUCUUGUCAGCUGGAGUUGAUCUUUUGUGAUACACCUGAACGAAUUGUUGAUUUCAUUCAAAAACGUAAAGAAGGAUUGAUCGAGUCGGUUAAGAUACUCGUUUUGUUAAAUGGAAACCUCUCAGAGAUCAGCACUGUUGAGGAUUUAAAGAUCCUUGUCUUUGCCGAUUUCUUGAAACUUGGAGAAGAGAAUCGAGUCAAGCCGAAUCCACCAAAAGCCGAUGAUGUUUAUAUAAUUUGUCACACAUCAGGCACAACUGGCAGACCGAAAGGAGUCCAACUAACACAUAAAAACCUUCUCGCCGCCAUGUCCGGCCUCUAUAUGCAAUGGUGCCACCCACCACAUGACUUCAAAUUCGGCACCAAUGACACUUAUUUUUCAUUCCUCUCACUAGCGCACAUCUAUGAGCAUUUAAUGCAGUCUUUCAUCAUUUACACUGGCGGCCGGGUGGGCGUCUACUCAGGCGAUUUAAAGAAGCUAAUCUUAGACAUUCAAAAUCUCAAGCCAACAAUGAUCAGCCUUGUCCCGAGAAUCCUUAACAAGCUAUAUGAUCAAGUUCAUGCUAACAUUGCCAAAGCGCCUUUCAUUGCAAAAAAGCUGUUCGCUGCUGCGAAAAAGGCGAAACUUGAGCAGUUGCAUCGUGGAAUCAACAAUCCGAACACGAUUUGGGACAAGCUUGUGUUUGAGAAGAUCCGACUAGUGAUCGGUGGUCGAGUACGCUACUUGACGACAGGAGGAGCGCCGGUGACACCAGCUGUGCACGAUUUCACGAGAAUUGCUUUUGGAUGUCCGCUCUUUGAGGGUUAUGGUCAAACUGAGUGCGGAGCUGCUGGAACGUUGAAUCUCCCGGGCGACCUCACUGGUGGAACACAUGUUGGUGCGCCUGCUCCCUGGGCACAAAUCAAAUUGGUUGAUGUUCCAGAACUCGGCUACUUGUCUGCGAACGACAAGGGAGAGGUUUGCUUCCGUGGCGCUGCUGUAAUGAAGGGAUAUUUUGGAGAUGAAGAAUUGUCAAAGAAAACGGUUGAUGAGCAGGGCUGGCUGCACACGGGUGAUAUUGGCGAGUGGCUGCCAGAUGUUAGCGCAAGGGAUUUUGUCUCAGCUGAAGCGAUUGAAAGCAUUCUUGGCUUGAGUCCACUCGUGAAUCAGAUCUUUGUCACCGGUUUGAGUACUCGCUCGUUUUUGGUGGGAAUUGUUGUUGUUGAAGUGGAAACAUUGAAGAAAGAGAUUGAGAAAAAUGGGGAUUCUGAGACAAAAGCUUGCUUAUCUGCUGAUGGGGAGGAGUUUCUGUGCAAGGAGCCGAUCAAAAGGUUCAUGACGCAAUACUUGAGUGGAUUCGGAAAAUCGAAAGGCUUGCAAACGAUCGAGACUCUGAGAAGAGUGUAUCUUACCUUUGAAGAGCUAACUGCUGAGUCUGGCUUGCUUACUCCAACUCUGAAGAUUCGGCGCCAACCUUGCAGGGAAAAGUUCAUGGCUGAGAUCGAUGCUAUGUACGACGAGGAAACAGAGUUG